GACCGUAAGUAUUUUUUAUUGAGCAAAACCGCCAUUUUGGCUACCUUUACUGAAUGGUGGUGAAAUAUUCUGAGUGGUUGUAAAUAAAGAUCACUUUCAAAUUACAUACCAGAUAAUAAUAGACAUUCAAAAAUAACAUCAUACGAUGUCGGACCGAAAAAAAUCAUUAGAAGAAUUAAGAGUUAUAGAUUUGCGCGCGGAGUUAGAGAAGCGUAACCUAGAUAAAAGCGGCAUACGCAGCGUGUUAAUCCAGCGACUAUCCAAGCAUUUACAAGAACAAGGACAUGAUCCUGCUACAUAUAAGUUUGAUUUGAGUGGUACUGAUACGAAAACUCCAACCAAAAGGACAAGACGUACUGAAAGCUCUAUAGAACCUGAGAACGAGGACUCUCCGGCAAUGGAAGAUAUGAUAGUUCAAGACUCGGCUGGGGAUGAUGAAGAACCAGAACAAUCUGAAGUUACUCAAAAUGAUGACGGCCAGCAAGUAAAAGAAGAAAGUAUGGAGGUAGAAGAGAGUGAAAAGAUAAACCGAAAGCGGGAAAGCAAGGAUGAGCCUGAGGCGACACAGGCUAAAAAACCGUGCUUGGACCCUAGCAUAGAGGAUGAAAUAGAAAAGCAGGAAGAAGAUCACAAAGGAGAAAAUAAUACAGAUGCAGAAGACAGCAUCAAUUUAGAUCUUGGUGAAGAUGAACUCCUUAAUGAAGAGACUGAUAACACUUCUAAAAACAAGAAAGAUGAUGCGGUUCUGGACGACUCUACAGCGGCUGCAGACACCGAGACUACCGCAAAUGAAGAUGCCGUUCCUGAUGAUGCACCUUCAACAGAAAAUCAACAAGUAACUUCCGAAGCAGCUGCCACUAGCAAUGAUGAGGGUGACAAAAAUGAAAAAGAUCAAAAAGAUGAUAAAGAAAAAGAGGGUGAAACUGAUAAAAAAGAAAAGAAAGAUGAAACUAAAGAGGGUGGUGCUCGGAAUUUAUGGGUCAGUGGUUUGUCAGGGGAUACUCGUGCUAAGGACUUGAAGCAAUUGUGCAGUAAACAUGGCAAGGUAAAUAUUAUCUUAAAAAAAAUAUUGGCAAAAAAAAGGAUGUCUUUUAAAAACGUUUCACACAAAUGUUUAAAAUAAUAUAACAAUUAAAUA